GGCUAUCAGGGGCAUAUGUGAUACAGAACUAUAGGAGCAAUGGCGUGGCAGCUAGUUAUAUGUUUCUUGGCAUUGUGCUUCAGUGCAAAUGCAACAAACAACAGCACAGAAACAGAAGAAAUAAAAGACACAGAAAUUGCCAGGGGAACAGUGAUAGCUCCAAGUGUUGUGGGAUGCCGCAUAAAAAGCAAUACAGAGCUUUACAACUUCAUGAUGGAGAUCUUUGGAUUGUAUCAUAAUCUUAAAUAUGACUCCAGAGAAGAUAAGGAACCUCAGAUAAUCUUCUACAAUUAUAAUAAUGAAGUACUCAAGACCAUUCCCAUACAGGAUAAGAAAGCAAGUGAAAUCAGUGCCAUACUGGAUGAGGCUGGGUUUUACAAAAAAUCACAGAAAGGAGAAGAGGUGCCUAAAGAAUUCCAGCACCUUCCUUUGAAAGCACCACGGGAUGAGCUUUAAUUAUUCCCAAACCCAAUCAGAAAGAAACAAAUGUCAGAGCCAUAUGAUCUCCCCAUGGGUGGUAAAACACCAAAGAGAAAAAAAUAUUAAUUGUAACAACAAGGAGCUGUAUGUGAUUAUGUACUUUUAUA